AACAGUGGAACGCAGUAAACAUGUCGGCAGUUGUUAUGUGCAGCUUUUCGCCGAAGUGUUCCUAAAUAAACUUAGUGUGUGAGUUCCAGUUGUUUUACAUGCUGAUGGGACUGUUUGCCGUUUAUCAUAUUGAAAUUACAGGCAAGAAAAUUUGCAGUUGUGUGCAAUGAGUAGUCACCACCACUUGGGGCCCAAUGCCCCAACUGGAGAGAUCGAACACAUGAACUUCUUAUCCGAGCAUAUCGGGGCCUUGUACCUGAAUGAUGAGUACAGCGACGUCGUCCUCUCUGUUGAUGGGCACAAGUUCCACGGGCAUAAAGUUAUUCUUGCAGCGAGAAGUGAUUACUUCAGAGCUAUGCUUUUUGGUGGACUUCGAGAAUCACAGCAAUCAGAAAUUGAGCUUAAGGGAACCUCAUUAAGUGCUUUUAAGAGCCUCCUCAAGUACAUCUACACUGGUCAUAUGUCCCUGGCAAACCAAAAGGAAGAUGUGGUGUUGGACAUUCUAGGCCUAGCCCACCAGUACGGUUUUGUGGACCUGGAGGCGAGUAUUUCAGACUACUUGAGGGAGGCCUUGCAGGUGCGGAAUGCCUGUAUUGUGUUUGAUGCUGCGCGGCUUUACGGUCUCACCCAUCUGCAAGCGGUAUGUGCCGCCUACAUGGAGAGGCAUGCUGCCGAGAUGCUCAGGCACCAGACUUUCUUGCAGCUGUCACCGGAAGCCCUCACAGAGCUGCUGUCACGCGACUCCUUCUAUGCCCCCGAGGUUGACAUCUUCCGUGCUGUGUGCCAGUGGGCUGCAGCCAACCCUGAGUGUUGUGAGCGGGCAUUGGGGGAAGUGGUGUCAACAGUGCGGCUGCCCCUCAUGUCCCUCUCAGAGCUGCUCGGCGUUGUCAGGCCUGCCGGCCUGGUCUCCGCAGAUGCGAUCCUCGACGCCAUCCAGGCUCGGACCCAGGCCCGGAACUCGGAUCUCCAUUACAGGGGCAUGCUGUUGCCAGAGGAGAACAUGGCCCACCCACGGCACGGCACACAGGUUCUGCAGGGAGAGAUGAGGGCUGCACUGCUGGACGGUGACUCCAACAACUACGACAUGGAGCGCGGGUACACACGCCACGCCAUCUCAGAGUCUGCCAGUGACCACGGCAUUGUCAUAAAGCUGGGCACCCAGGCCCUCCUCAACAGCAUUCGCAUGCUUCUUUGGGACCGUGACCUCAGGUCCUACUCAUACUACAUUGAAGUAUCCAUGGAUCAGCUGGACUGGGUCCGUGUAAUUGACCACACCCGCUACUACUGCCGCUCCUGGCAAUGGCUGUACUUCGAGCCGCGAGUGGUGCGAUACAUCAGGGUCGUGGGAACCAACAAUACUGUCAACAAGGUGUUCCACGUAGUGAGCUUUGAGGCAAUGUAUACCGCAUCCAUGCCACCACUUCUGGAUGGACUUGUUGCUCCAAAAGAGAAUGUGGCAACCAUAGAAAAGAGCGCAUCGGUAAUCGAAGGUGUGAGUCGGAGUCGCAAUGCCCUCCUGAACGGGGACACGAGGACAUAUGACUGGGACUCAGGCUACACCUGUCACCAGCUGGGCAGCGGUGCCAUAGUUGUCCAACUCGGUCAGCCCUACAUGAUUUCGUCUAUGAGGUUGUUGCUGUGGGACUGUGACAGCCGCAGCUACAGCUACUACGUGGAGGUGUCGGUGAACACUUGGGACUGGGAGGUGGUUGCCGACAAGACGAGAGAGGCAUGCAGGUCCUGGCAAACCCUUACCUUCAAGCCCCGGCCCGUCGUCUUCAUCCGCAUUGUUGGGACACACAACACUGCUAAUGAGGUAUUCCACUGUGUGCACCUGGAGUGCCCUGCGCAGAUUUCUGAAGACUCGCCUCCUCCCUCCACUGGCAACAGCUUGGGCCACAGCCCACCAUCCGCACCGAAGGUCCUGCCCACUCCACCGACUCCUGCUAGUGGCAGCACCAGUGGUGGCAACAGCAGUAAACUCCAGGCGCAGAGGCAGCAGGAUGACGACGACGAUCGGCAAGAGGAGCAGCGGCAGCAGCAGUGGGAGGACCGUGAGCAGCAGCAGCGCCAGCAGCAGCAACAGCAGCAGGAACUGGAAAAGGACCUGCAGCGCCUGCACGACAACCCCAGCCACCAGUGUCAGCAGAGAGGUUCGCGUGAGGAACACGUUCGUCGCCGUCUCUGCUACCUGGCAGUGGGACCCGGUCCUUCUGCUGCACCUGCCUCGGAGAGCUUCCCUGCUGCCAGUCCGCCCCCACCCCCCUCGCUGUCACCAGCCGCGUCGUCCUCUCUGCCAGAUGUUGCUGAUGGGACGAGGGCUGAAGGGGAAGGAGAGGAAGUUGAAGAGGCGCGGCUGCCCCUAGAAGGUGGUGGAUCGCCGUGAUCUCCCCCUCCACCUUCCUGCUGCAGCUACUGUGGUGCCCUUGUGUUCCUGUGGGCGCCCUCGUAGCCCACCGGCGGGGAGUUCAUCCGAGUCAUUAUCCUGCGUGUUUGUGAUGUCACAUCACCUAACUGCUGCACAAAUAGUGUUUUGCCUGAGUUAUGUUUGUGUCAUGCUGUUGUGUGUACUUUCUGUUGCCUUUUGAUAAUUGUUUUCAUUCCACAAUCCUUUUUUUGCUCUGCUACUUGGAAAAGAUUGUUGACAUGUUAAAGAUGUUAUUUUGCAAGUACACCUUACUGAACAUAUAUUUCACAUUGUACUUAAUCAUCCAAGCAUAUGCAUAUGGUCUCUCUCUCUCUCUCUCUCUCUCUCUCUCUCUCUCUCUCUCUCUCUCUAGUAAAGUUGAGGAAAGACUGCAUUUUACUGGUGCCUCAGAUACACCUCUUGUAUUUAUUACUUCCUGUAAAAUUUUGAGACAGAAAUGCUGUCCUGUUACGCACAUUCAGGGGGUGAAAAACCAGUACUGCUAACAGGCACAUGUAAAAAUAUGCAACACUAACCCAGUUUUCAGAACUAAUAGUUGAUUCCUUUGUGAGGAGAGAGCGUAGUUCACGGAAUGCUAAAAAGGAAGGGCAGAUAUCUCAGACUCCAAAAUGACAGGGGUGCACUUGUGUUGAGGACAUCUCCUGUAUUUCCUGUUUUGCUUUUCAUCUUUAUUCUCUCUCUCCUCUUUCUCUUUUCUUUCACACACACACACACACAGACACACACACACACAC